UUUGAAAAAACUGGGAAAAGUUGCACACGUCUUUGUCCAUUUUUUCCUUCAUAUCCCAACCACCGAAUCUUCUACUUUGAAAAAACAAUCCCAAUACUUGAUGGAAUAAUCAUUAUCAUUUAUGACUCUUGUGGGUCGCUACCGACCCCAUGCGUUACAUGCUCUCUCAGUGAAUGGCCCAGUUUGUCCUCGUGCAACAGCACAUCCUAAAGUGCCAGCAACAUUAUAUGUUUUAAGACAAAAGUUUGUUACUAGCUAAGCUUGUUUGAAGGGAAACCAGAAGGGGGGAAAAAAAUAAAUGGAGCCAAUUGUGCUCCUCCUCUUCCUUCUCCUCCUCCUCUUAUCCUUCUCCACUGCCAGAGACACCAUAACCCCGAGCAAUCCCCUCGCCGACAACGAAACCCUAGUCUCGGCCACCGGAACCUUCGCUUUGGGCUUCUUCAAUCCGCCAAAUUCAGACAACCGAUAUAUCGGUCUAUGGUACAACCAGAUAUCCGACCACACCAUACUCUGGGUCGCCAACCGUGCAAGCCCCCUCGUCAACUCGACCGGAGUCUUGUCAGUAACCAAGGACGGCAGGCUCACAAUCACGAGUCAGAACUCGACAGUCGUCUGGACCAGUCCAAACUCGACGGUGGAGUUAACCAGUCCGAUAGCGCAGCUUCUUGAGAAUGGAAAUCUCGUUGUAAUGCAGGACGGAGACACCAGUGGCAAUUACGGAUGGCAAGGGUUCAACUACUUGACCGACACAUUGAUCCCCGGUAUGAAACUGGGCGUCGACCUGACCACUGGGAUCAAUCGCACACUUGUAGCAUGGGCUAGCGAAAAUGAUCCCUCGCCGGGACCUUACCAUGGUUUCAUGGACAUCAGAGGCGAUCCUGAUAUCUAUUUCUGUCGAGAUUCCACCCCAAUUUGGCGAAGCGGCGCUUGGGAUGGUACACACUUAAGUGGGAUACCGGAUAUGAGCACUUACAGAGGCUUUCAGUUCAAUUUCGUGAAUAACGCUUCAGAAGUUGUGUACUUUUACAGUGUUAUUAAUCGGUCAUAUAUAUCAAGGCUGCUAGUUAACUCAACAGGUUUUGCUCAGCGCGCGCUGUGGUUACCGGACGCUAAUCAAUGGAACUUUUUCUGGAAUGCGCCGAAGGAUUUGUGCGAUGAUAUAGGGCAAUGCGGUCCUUACGGGCUAUGUGAUGCGAAUGAUUCGCCAUUAUGCAGUUGUUUACAGGGUUUUGAUCCCAAGAAUCCUUCAAAUUGGAAUUUGAGGGACGGGCAUGAUGGGUGCAAGAGAAGGACGCCGUUGGAUUGCAAGAACGGGACGGACGGAUUUGUAACGGUGAGCAAUGUGAAGCUGCCACAAUCCGAUAACUGUACUGUGGACAUGAAUUUGAAUUUGGAUCAGUGUAGGCGCUUGUGUUUGGGGAAUUGCUCGUGUACGGCGUAUGCGAGCGCCAACGUGAGCGGGGGAGGGAGCGGGUGCAUUAUUUGGAUCGGUAAUCUGUUUGAUAUAAGGAACUUUGUUGGGUCAGGACAGGAUUUGUAUGUACGGCUGGCUGCUGCUGAUCUUGAUGUGUCAUCUGGCAAAACUCAGAGCACAAUAGUUGCGGUCGCGGUGAGCCUUGUUGCUGCAGCAUUGCUACUAACUUGUGUUGGUUGUUUCCUUUGGAGAAGGAAGAAAAAACGAAGAGUUCUAUUAGGUGCAAUGACUUCCUUCAAUGAAAAGUCAAAUCAUGAACCAGGAGAUCUGGAUCUUCCUAUAUUUGAUUUUGCUACCAUUGCUGCUUCUAUAGACUACUUCUCAGAUGAAAAUAAACUUGGAGAGGGUGGUUUUGGACCAGUGUACAAGGUAAACAUCUUUUUUUGAUUGUACACGUUAACCAUUGCCCCACAUAACUUUGAUCAGAAACCCCUGAAAAGAUACUUAUAAAAGAUUAUGAAUAAUGAAAUUUUAGCAUCCCUGUUUAACUUAAUUUUUAGAGUAACGUUGUUUUAACUUUU